AUGGCAGAUACAAAGAAAAUAAUUCUCACCGUUAUUGGAUAUAUCGGAAUUGCAAUUGUGCUUGUGGCGACAGUGGUUGCUGUUCUUUUAAUCACUUUUUUGAACGAUGACAGGUACAGUGACGGAUCACAAACCAUCGAGCCAGUAGAUCCCGCCAAUUUUAGAUACCCGACGUCUAUGGCCGGGUAUUCAGAAUAUACUAAUACAUCCACGAUAUUCCAAGUCAUGUUUAUUGCAGACAAUGACAACAAUAAUAAGGACGCAAGCGACAAAAGAUAUACCAAAGUGCACUUUGGCUUAUUAAGUAAAGUUGAUGGUCAGUGGACAUACGCCCCAAGGGACUCAAAAGACAUUACCGUCUAUAGUGAAUACACGUAUAAAGGCCGUGGUGUUGAGACUUCCGAGAUCGUCCAAUUUUUCGACAAGACUUAUGUGUUUGAUGACAAGACUGGAAUAGCAAGUGAGCUUAAUGUGAACAAAAAGGAGUAUUACUCUCGGAUGAUAAUGGCGGAUGGUAAUGGUAAUUCGGAAAACGGUGCCAAACAUGAGUGGGGUACUGUCGUUGGUAAUCACAUGUACUUAGGCAGCCAUGGGCGCAAUUCGACCAAUUUGGAUGGCCAGCAAGGUCGUUGGGAGAAGUACUAUGUAUUUAAAGUGAAUAGAGACAUGUCAUAUACUGUUGAAAAUUGGUUAGAGGUGUAUACAAGAAUUGACGCAUUACUUGGUAUCACCUCCGAAGGGUAUACCACUCACGAAGCUGUGGUAUAUUCCAACAUGAAAAGGAAGUGGUACUUCUGUCCAAGAAAGGUAUCAAAGACUAACUGGGUCGAAAGUGUCGAUAAUCUGGAAAGAGCUGGAAAGUACAUCAUCGAGGCGGACGAGAACAAAGACAACAUGAAGUUUGUUAUUGACAAACAAUACAACGAAAAGAGGUGCUUCUCUUCUGUGAAGUUGCUUCCAUACAAUGAAGACAUUAUGGUAUAUUUGAAGACCUACGAAAACGGCGAUACAGUAGAGAGUUGGAUUGGCAUGACCAAUGUGAAGACCGGAGAAGUCGUGAUGGAGGAAGUUUCCCUUGGAACUGACAAAUAUGAAGGUUUAGAAAUCGUGCCAUUAAGUUACUGA